CAAAACUUCACAACGAAGAAGGGGGUGGGUGAAUUUUUUUCAACGAAAAUGAUGUUUUUUGGUGAUCUCAAUGUAAAGUUUCGGAAACUUAAUCCACAGUUGGAUUUGCCUCAAAUGUCGGCCAUCGGCCUAUAGAAUCAACCGUCGAUAUAUUUGUACCGGGAAUCACAAAUUCGAAGGUUGCACAAAUACAUUGUUUAUGUUUUGAUAAUCUGUUAAUAGCUUUUGCUAUCAAAAGAUAAGUUAAAGGGGAUUUACAUUAAAACACUCACCAAUCAUAGAAAAUGUUCCAGCUGUUUCAGCAUUAUCAACUGAUAACAAACCGUAUCUCCCGGUUCGAUUCUUUUAAAUACACAUUGAGGUAGCUCUGCCCAAAAUAGUAUUCGGGUGCACUCCACUACGGCAACAGCCAUGUACCGCCAACUUCUACCAAUCAUCGCCUGCUUGUACCUCUGGACUACCUUGUCCGUCGACGCAACCAGCGAUGCCGAAUCUCGAAUCGUGGGCGGAAACAACGCCACCUUUUACGUGUGCUCGCACACGGUAGCCAUCCGUCAAGUGAAUCGCGACUUUCUGUGCAAUGGAGUGUUGAUCUCGUCGCGUGACGUCCUGACGGCAGCUUCCUGCGUUAGCAACGUGCGAAACGAAUCCGACCUCGUGGUUGUAGCCGGAACCAUUGGGAAUUCAGUCACUGCUCCCGGAGCAAUUCCUUUGUCGGUUUCAAAGCUCUGGUAUACAACCAGCAACCCAUCUCGAACCGGUGACAUUGCACUGUUACGGCUGAACGCAUCCCUGAUCACUGGAGGCGCGCCGUGGAUCUCGGUGGUAGAUCUGGGAACGCGAGCUCCGACGGUGAACCAAAGCUGCUCACUGUGCGGCUGGGGCUCGGGCACGAUCUCUGGACCACCCGCGUUGAUACUGCAGACGAUCAAUAUCAACGUACAGUCGAACACUUCACCAAACUGUACCCGAGCGGCUGGAGGAACGGCUCUUCCUGCGAAUGCGAUCUGCGCUGGAGACCCGCUUCAAGCCGGACGUGGAGCCUGUACGCACGACGUGGGAGCUCCGUUGAUGUGCAAUGGGGCUCUGCAUGGAGUGCUGACCGUUACCGGAGGUUGUGGUGGACUGCACGAGGUGUCCGUCUUUGCCGAUACGGCAGCACAUCUUGCUUGGAUUAGGAACCGAACCCAGACGGAAGUGGUCGUGGUGCCCCCGAACAAACCCGGUGGCGGUGGUUCCGGUGGCAACGGACCUGGUGGUUCUGCACAAGCAAGUGUACAGUUGGGAAUGAUGGUGAUUGCCGUCGUGACUGCGUUCGUGCUGCGAUGACCCGUUAUCGGGUGG